AUGGGGAAGCUCGAGGACAACGAGAGGGUGAUCCUCAACGUGGGGGGCACGCGGCACGAGACCUACCGCAGCACCCUGAAGACCCUGCCAGGCACUCGCCUGGCCCUGCUCGCCUGCGAGCCCCAGGGCGACUCCCCGGGCGGCGAGGAGCCGCCGCCGGCACCCCCCAACCCGCCGCCGCUGGCGGGCGGCUGCCCCGACUCCGGCAGCGGCUGCAGCCCCCGGAGCAGCGGCGGCGCCAGCGAGUUCUUCUUCGACCGGCACCCGGGGGUCUUCGCCUAUGUGCUCAACUACUACCGCACCGGCAAGCUGCACUGCCCCGCCGACGUCUGCGGGCCGCUCUUCGAGGAGGAGCUGGCCUUCUGGGGCAUCGACGAGACCGACGUGGAGCCCUGCUGCUGGAUGACCUACCGCCAGCACCGCGACGCUGAGGAGGCGCUCGACAUCUUCGAGGCGCCCGACCUGCUCACGGGCGAGCCGCCCCCCGACGGCGGCGGCGGCGACGACGACGACCUGGCCGCCAAGAGGCUGGGCAUCGAGGACGUGGGGGCGGCCGCCGACGGCAAGGGCGGGCGCUGGCGGCGGCUGCAGCCCCGCGUCUGGGCGCUCUUCGAGGACCCCUACUCCUCGCGGGCCGCCAGGUUUAUUGCUUUUGCUUCUUUAUUCUUCAUCCUAGUUUCAAUCACAACCUUUUGCCUGGAAACACAUGAGGCUUUCAAUACUAUUAUAAACAAAACUGAGCAGGUUGUCAACGGGACAGAAGCUGUUCUACAGUAUGAAAUUGAGACAGAUCCUGCUCUGACGUACGUGGAAGGAGUCUGCGUGGUGUGGUUUACAUUUGAAUUUUUAGUCCGUGUUGUGUUUUCCCCAAACAAACUCGAAUUCAUCAAAAACCUGUUGAAUAUCAUUGACUUUGUGGCCAUCCUGCCCUUUUACCUAGAAGUGGGCCUGAGUGGGCUCUCCUCCAAAGCUGCUAAGGAUGUGCUUGGCUUCCUCAGGGUGGUAAGGUUUGUGAGAAUCCUGCGAAUCUUCAAGCUCACCCGGCACUUUGUGGGUCUCAGGGUGCUGGGCCACACUCUGCGAGCCAGCACCAACGAGUUUCUGCUGCUUAUAAUAUUCCUGGCACUAGGUGUUUUGAUAUUUGCUACCAUGAUCUACUACGCAGAACGAGUGGGAGCCCAGCCCAAUGACCCGUCAGCAAGCGAGCACACGCAGUUCAAAAAUAUCCCUAUUGGCUUCUGGUGGGCUGUCGUCACCAUGACGACCCUCGGGUACGGAGAUAUGUAUCCGCGGACUUGGUCGGGCAUGCUGGUGGGGGCCUUGUGUGCUUUGGCCGGGGUGCUGACCAUAGCCAUGCCCGUGCCUGUUAUUGUUAACAAUUUUGGAAUGUACUACUCCCUGGCAAUGGCAAAGCAGAAACUGCCGAGGAAGCGGAAGAAGCACAUCCCUCCUGCCCCUCAAGCCAGCUCCCCUACGUUCUGCAAGACGGACUUGAACAUGGCCUGCAACAGCACGCAGGGGGACAUCUGCCUGGGCAAGGACAACCAGCUGAUGGAACACAACAGAUCAUCAGUGUUAUCAGGUGAAGACAGUGCAGGAAGUGAGCAGCCACUCUCACCUGGUGAAAGGCUCCCUCCCAUCAGACGCUCUAGUACCAGAGACAAAAACAGAAGAGGGGGAACAUGUUUCCUACUGACAACAGGUGAUUACACGUGUGCUACUGAUGGAGGGAUCAGGAAAGUGUUGUACAGAAUUUAUCAUGGAUUUUUGACUGCUGAAAAAGGGACAAUGGAAUUUAGCCAUACCAAGGACUGUACUGGAAAGAGACUGCUGCUGCUGAAUGGGCCCUGAUAAACAACUCGCGCCUUGAAGAGGUCACUGAGACUUUACAUGGGAAGUAGAGUUUGUGAAAGAAGAUUAAAGACUGCUCAUGAUUACUGCUGCCAGAGGAAGGGGUGACUAGUCACUGUUGAUGAGUCAGCUGUAAAUAAAAUGUAUGUGCAUGGAAUAUCAGUUUUUAUCUAUAUCAAGGAAAGCUGAAAU